AUGGCUCCCCCUCCUCCCGCAAACCUCCCUCUUCAGGAGCGCAUGCUCCAGCUCGUGCAGACACUGCAAUUCGCAUGGUUCGCUGGCCAUGUUACCCUCCUGCUGUCCUCGGUCCGCUACGGUCUUUCGUACAUGACCUUCCAUCCCAGCUCCAAGUGGGCCAUCUUCUCGUACCGCACCGCUUUCGUUGCUGCUGCUGCCACGUACGGCAUUGUCGUCUUCAAGAGCUUCCGCGCUCGUGCUCGUGCCGGAAAGGCUCAGGGUGGUGCUUUCCAGAUCAUCGCAAUGGCUUUGAUCUGGCUCUGGUCCCGCCAGAUUCCUCUUGCCAUUCUGCCCUUCGCCGUCUACUCCAUCUUCCACGUUGCAACUUACACCAGAUCCAACCUUCUGCCCACUAUCCAGCCUCAGCCCGCUGCCGCUGCUGGUGAGAAGCCCAAGUCCUCUGGCCUCGCCGACACCAUUGGCAGCUUCGUCAAGAACUACUACGAUUCUUCCAUGACUCUUGUCGCUAUCCUCGAGAUUGCCCUCUGGUUCCGUCUGGCUUUCUCUGCUCUCCUUUUCCAGAAGGGCUCAUGGAUUCUGAUUGCUGUCUACACUGUUUUCCUCAGAGCUCGCUUCCACCAGAGCACCUUUGUGCAGUCUGCCGUCAACCAGCUGGCCGCUCGUGGUGACACCAUUGCUAACCGUCAGGACAUGCCCCCUGCCGUCAGACAGGCUUGGGAUGGUCUCAAGAACGGUAUCAAGCAGGCUGCUGACCUGACCGACAUCAACCGCUACGCUGGUGCUCAGCAGCAGGGUGUCCCUAAGAAGACCCAAUAG